AUGAACGGAUCCUCGGCGGGGCUCCCGGCGGGGAUGAACGGCUCGCCGGGGAUUCCAGCAGGGAUGAACGGCUCGCUGGGAGUUCCAGCAGGGAUGAACGGUUCUCUGGGAAUGCCGGCAGGGAUGAACGGCUCCUCGGCGGCUGCGGGGCUGCUGGCGGGGGCCGGGGGAGCGGCGCUGGAGCUGGAGCGGGCGCUGCGCUGCUGCACCGCCGCCUCCGUGGUGACCGACGGCAGCGGCGCGGCGGGGGACGAGCGCAGCCUGUACAUCAUGCGGGUGGUGCAGAUCGCCGUCAUGUGCGUGCUGGCCCUCACCGUGGUGUUCGGCAUCUUCUUCCUCGGCUGCAACCUCCUCAUCAAGUCCGAGGGCAUGAUCAACUUUCUGGUCAAGGACCGCCGCCCGUCCAAGGAGGUGGAGGCGGUGGUGGUGGGGCCGUACUGA